GUGAAAAGCGACAAAGGAAUCGGCCAACAUUUCGGGUAAAUGGAAUGGUAGUAUGCCGACAGACAUUCUUACUAUUGUAUUGUCUUUCUGUAGACAAACUUAAGGCUCUCCAAAAACAUGUUCGUGAAAAGGGUGUUGUGCCGAGAGUCCACGGCAAUACUGGAAGAAAACCCGCUCAUGCCAUUUCAUAUGACGAUGUCCUGCGCGUCGUUCGAUUUAUACAGAAUACGUCUAAUGAAAGGGGUAUUCCUCAGCCUGCUGCUCCGCGAGGCAUUGACAAUUUCCCUCUUGUUUACCUGUCUGCGGAAACAACCAAAUUGGCCCUGCACGAAGAAUACUCUACAACAUGCACAAAUCAACAGGUGCGUGCUCUUCGACUGACGGCCUUCAAAGAUGUGUGGCGUACUUGUUUGCCACAUGUGCGCAUCGCCUCACCAAGAGACGAUGUAUGCACAACGUGCGAGAAAAUGCGCCAUGGCGUUAUGGAUGCAAUAACGGAAGAGGAAAAGCUGUUGGCAGUCGACGCAUUGAAAACGCAUAUUCUACAAGCGCAAAGGGAAAGGGAAGUGUACAAUGAAUGCCUGCGUAAGAGUUCGGAAGAAAAUUUUGUCCACUUCACCUUUGACUUCAGUCAAAGUGUGACUAUGUUCCACCAUGCACGCCAGAUGGGACCGCUGUUCUUCUACAGCUUGCGGAAGGUCCAUAUAUUUGGAGUACGGAUAGAUGGCCAAAGGAAACAGAUCAAUUUUCUGGUUGAUAAGGACCAGACCAUAGGACAGGACUGCAGCCAGGCUCAUGGAUUGGAUUCAGUUAUUUCUAUGCUAGACUGGGUAAUGUCAAAUUAUGAAACGGAAAACGACGUUUGCUCCAUCCAUGCAGAUAACUGUCCAGGGCAGAACAAAAACAAGUUUGUCGUGGGUUAUUUAAUGUGGAGGGUCAUGACAGGGAAACACAGAAAGAUAGAAUACCAAAUGCAAAUUCCAGGGCAUGCAAGGUGUUUAGUUGACUUGGGUUUCGCGCACAUCAAGAUGAAGUACCGUCGCCAUGAUUGUGAAACCAGAGAACAGCUUGCAAAAAAUAGUAGAAGGGUCUUCCGUAGGUAACAUGGCUGUAUCUUAUCCACAGUGGUCCUGGCGCGCUUGGAAGAAGUUUCUUGGACAACAUUUCAAGUCCGUAAUCGGCAUAAGAAAAUUCCAGUACUUCAGGUUUGAGGAAGACAAACCAGGUGUCGUCACUGUCAAAACAGCGGCUGGUGCGGAGGAGACAGAAAUAAACAUUCUAAAAAAUAGAGACGUUCGCUUUGAAUCUCAAGAGAUUCCACGGGUUCUUCAGC